CCAUCACCUCUACAGACACACAUAUCCAUAAAUAAUGUAUUUGUCUAGUCUCUACAUGUUGUAGUCCAACAUCAAAAUUUACAGUUAAGCCAUAUAUUAUUUUGUCAUACUAUUAGGUGUUAUUGAAAAACAUGGACUCUAACAACUCAUUAAUUUUGUAGACUCGUGGAAAACUUAUGUUGCGUUUGGCAUUAAGUUUAGCUACCAUCGAAUCAAAAGCUCGCCACCUAAUUGUUACUAUUCAAAUAUUUAAAGUGAAGACAUAAGAGUAGCUAAAGUAAAAAAGAACUUUCCCUAUCAAAGUCUCUCCCUCUUUACUCAUGGUUCUCAAUGUAGUUUUCUCACAUUCAAUGCUUUAACCAUAUUAUACUAUCAUACAUAUACGUACAUGCGUCUCUCUUUAUAUAUGUGUUCAAUUCGUGUAUAUAAAUUUACAUACUUCUCUCCCACCCAUAAAAACUCUCUCAACUUCUUAUACUAAUAGAGGAAUAAUACAUUUAUAUUUGUAUUUGUAUGCGUUCGUAUUCGUGUCUGAUGGAGAGAGAUAAAUGCUUGAUGUCGAUGAAGUUCCGACCGGUGGUGACGAGACAAUCCUCGAACGCGGCUUUACUCUGGCCAUUUGGGGAAGAGUAUGGCGGUGGAGGUGGUUGCAUGUGGCCGCCUAGGUCUUACACGUGCAGCUUUUGCGGGAGAGAGUUCAAGUCGGCACAAGCACUAGGCGGUCAUAUGAACGUUCAUCGAAGAGACCGAGCUCGUCUUAAACAACAAUCAUUAUCAUCUUCAUCAACUGACCAAGCCACGCCUCUUGAUUAUGAUCAUCAUCAACAAGUACAAAAACAACCCGAAGUUCUUGACGUGGGACCGAAGUUUCCCGUCCAAGAAGAUUCAAGAAAGCCAAAUGGAAGUAAGAGAGAGAUAAGUGAUGUUUUAGAAAGUUCUAUGAAAAGAUUUGAGCAUUACAAUGAUGAAGUCAAGACUGAUUUAUCUAUCGGUCUAGUGAGUUCUGAGUUCGAUCCUCGGAGGAAGCAACUAAUCAACGGGGUUUUGGCGUCCAAGAAAGCAAAGACUGAUGUUUCAAGAUUGCCGAUGAUGGUAGGGUUGGUCAUCGGAGUAUCCAAGAUCAACGGUCAUCACGAGGAGUUGGAUCUUGAGCUAAGGCUAGGAGCUGAUCCACCAAAGGUUAACUAG